CCCGCGGGGGGUCGGGGGGGCGGCGGACGCUGCCCGUAGAUGCCCCUCCCGGUGCCGCCGCCUCCGUGCGGGUCCGCGGCGUCCCCGUGCCCGGCCCCGCGACCCCGUCCACCUGCCGGGCGGCAUCAGCCGGCUAAAAAUACCCGCCGGCGGCGGCAGCUGGUGCCGGUGGGGGACGCGGGGGGGGGGGGGGGCUCGGUCUGCCCGGGGUCCCCAGCCGCGGCUGGCUCUGGGCACCGCGGCUCCCCCGGACACAGCCCGGCGGUGGUGCCGGGGCCCGGCUCACGUCCGUCGGUCCGUCCGUCUCUGUGCAGGUGUCUCUGGGCCGUCCCCAUGGCGGAGAAAUCGGACUCGCGGGACUCGGACGGCAGCUGGGUGCUGGCGGGCGGCGAGGGUCUGCCUGUUGUCACGGUGGGUCCGGAGCAGGAUUUGGAGUCCCACGGGGCUGAGGAUGAGGAGCCGGAGGAGGAGGACGAGGAGGAAGGGCCCCAGGACACAGUGACAGGCAGGUGGCAGCCGCAGGGCCGGGACAGAGCCGGUGUCCCCCCGUUCCACCGGCCCACCGCCAUCCUCUGCCUCUCCCCAGCCACGGCCGCCACCGGUGCAGCUGCCUUCCCCGGACAGGCCCAGCACCCUGAGAGCAGCGAGCUGGGGGACCUGGAGGAGUGUUGGGACACCGGGGCCGGGGCAGUGCCCACCUCAGAUGCCUCCGCGGAGCCCAGCGUGCCGGAUGGCGAUGAGCAGGAGGAGCCCGACGCUGCGGCUGAGCCAGGACCCUGCCCUGACACCCCCAAAGCAGGGCCACCAACGGAGGAGGGGAGCUGCACCAGCAGCGACGAUGAUGUGGAGGGGCUGCGGCGGCGGCAGGGCCACGAGCCCCGUCCCAGCGCCCCCCGUCCCACGCCUACCCCACGCUGGGUGACGCCAGAUGCCGGUGCCGAGGACGGGCUCAGCAUGAGCAAGUACUUGCUGGGCGCCUUAGCGCUGGUGGCCGUGGGACUGCUGAUCGUCUCUGGUGGCAUCUAUGACCUAGCAGAUGCCGGUUCCUCACCAGGCCCUGCGGAGAGUGUGCUGAGCCGGGACGCGGUGGCUGGGGAGCAGGAGUCACCGCUGCCCACCGACGGCAGUGACCAGCAGGAGCGGCCCCCCAUGUUGGAUGCCAGGGACCCCCAGAGCGUGGAGUCCAUGAGCCUCCUCCUGGACAAGCUGGCCAAGGAGAACCAGGAGAUCCGGCUCAUGCAGGCGGAGCUGCAGGCCCACAAGGAAGAGCUGCACGCCCUGCUGCAGAAGAGCGAGGGUGAGGCAGCAGCAGCCGGGGCGCAGCAGCAGAGCUUGGCUGCCGAGAACGCACGGCUGCGAGCGGCGCUGGAGCGGGAGGCCGCGGCGCUCCGCGACACCCGGGCUGAGCUGCAGCGCCUGCGGGCUACGGGAGCAGCGGGCACCCCCGGGGCUGGGCAGCCGGCGGCAGAGCAGCCUCCUGGCGCAAGUGCCACGGCCCGUGGUGAGGACGCGGUGCGGCGGGAGGGGGCCUGGCGGCAUGGCUGGCUGGGUUUGGUGCGGCAGGAGCUGGCGGGUGCCCUGGAGCGGGCGCGGGGCCCCAGGGGUCUUGAGGGGCUCGUGGAAGAGCUGAGUGCCCUGGAGCAGCGCCUGGGCUGGGAGCUGGAGGCAGAGGAGGCCGAGCCCUUCCCCAGGCCCUGGAAGAAGCCAUUCAAGGCGGAGAAGAAGGAGAAGCGGCACAAGCAACACGGUGCCGGGGGGGCCCCCCAUGAACGGCAGAGGAGGGAACAGAGCAAACCCCACAGGCAUGGGAAGGACCCCCGACCCCCCCGGGAGCACAAGCCAGACAAAGCCUGGGGGAAAUCAUCUCGUGGCCCACCGCAGCACGGCCCCCGCGAGCUACCCCCGCUCAGCCGGUACCGGGCGCCCCAGGGGUGCUCAGGGGUGGCUGACUGCGCCCGCAAGGAGGGCCGGGAGGUGCUGGGGGCUGCGCUGGAGCCAGUGCAGAAGACGCAGUUCCUGCAGUUGCUCGAGGGCUUCAUGGGGCGGCUGGGCUUGGGGGGCCACUUUGGGGGUCUGGCAGCACGGCUGGACGGCGCCUUUGGGGCCGACGGCACCUUCGCCCACGACCGCCUGCGCUUCGUUGACUUCGUGGAUGAUGUGGAGGAGCUGCUGGAGGAGGUGGCGCGGCGGGAGCGAGGCGACGAGGAGGCGGCUGAUGGCUUCGAGGAGUAUGUGCUGCGGCACUACACUGGGGACGGCGGCACCGGUGGGAAGGAGCGGGGCCGCAGAGCCACGUGGCAGCGUCGCGCAGCGGGGUAGUGUGGGGUGGGCAACGCCGUGGUGUGCCACAAGCUUUUGUCCCGUGUGCCCCCGGGCAGGGGGCUCCCCACGGGCUGGUUUUGGGGGGCUGGGGGCUGCCAUCGCACCCCACAGGGCCAGGCAGUGCCCAGUCCCCAAGCAGACACGCUGUGUGAUGCUGCACUGCCACCAUGCAAUAAAGCCACCGCUGGACA